AUGGUCCCCGCAGCCGACGCCGGCGCUGGACCACGAUCAUCCCACCUGGAAGCAGGUCUACUUGAUACUUCGAGGGCCGGCGCCGGUGGAGAUUAUGUUGAACACCAACACGUUGAGAGUAGUUCUUCAUCAACAGCGGUCAUUUCCUCGCCUGCGUUGUUGAAGAGUCGUGCUGGUGGUGUAGGAACUGGUGUUAAUACAACGACUAGCUCCACCUUCCCCUCGCGAAGCCCCU